AUGAAGAAGAGUUCGAACAAAAAAUCAUGUAUUCGGAAGUCUGUUCAACUGAAAAAUCUGCAUCGUAAACGGGAGAACUUACUUGGGUCUGCUUUACUUAUCCAGAAGUUCAAUGAAGCGUUCGAGGCUACUCAAGUUAAUCAAGUAGCGAUUCGUAUUGAAAGGUUAGAUCAUUUGUGGGAUAAAUUCGAGGACACGGAGGAUGAUAUUGAAGCGUUAGAGGAUCAGGAGGACGGGUUCUCGGAGACUCGUCAGGAGUUUCAAAAUUUAUACUUUGAGCUGAAAGCAUCUUUGGUUAGCAAGCUACCGCGCCCUGCUGCUGCACACCCAUCUUCUCCCGAUCUACCUCCACCAUCUCGAAGUGUACCACAUACUACCCAAUCCAUUUCAGUGAAGCUUCCAGAAAUAAAAAUCCCUGAAUUCGGAGGCAAAUCGGAUGAAUGGGUCGAGUUCCGUGAUUUGUUUAAAUCUCUGGUGCACACCAAUACACAAUUGUCGUCAGUUCAGAAUCUUCACUACUUGCGCAGCUCAUUGCAAGGUGAAGCAUCUCGUUUGAUCUCGUCGUUGGCGAUCACUGCAGAUAAUUACCCCGUCGUAUGGAAAACGAUCUGCGACCGGUAUGAAAACAGAAAUUUUCUCGUGAAGCAGCAUAUGUCAGCGAUUUUGAAGGUUCCCAACGUAAAAAGGGAAUCAGGUUCAGCCCUCGCUGAGUUGGCUGAUGAGUUUAAUCGACAUGUGAGCAUUUGGAAGCGCCCGAAGCGCAUUGGAAUUCAUUCGUAG